CACAGCGCAGCGACUCCUCCAGAUAGGAUAAUGGUGGGCCGGAAGCCUAUGCGCCGGCGCCGCGCCGACCACCCGCCUCCGCCGCAGUCCUUCGGUGCGACGGCACGGCCGACCUCCCCCCGCUCCUCCACCUCCGCCUCCGCGGUCGCCGACCUGGACGAGCUGCUCCACACGCCGUCCGCGUCGGAGCCCCGGAGCUUCCCGCACGCGGUGAAGCAGCAGUGCUGGGAGAAGGCCGAGAAGGUGCCUGGGCGCGACCCGGAGAGGUGGCGCCGCGACGCGCUCGGCAACAUCGUCUUCCGCAAGCUCGUCGGCUGCCCCGGCUGCCUCUGCCACGACUACGACCACAUCUUGCCCUACUCCAAGGGAGGGAAGAGCACAUUGGAGAACUGCCAGGUUUUACAGGCUACUGUGAACCGAUCUAAAGGGAACAAUACUGAGAUAUCCAAAUCUGAACUGGCGCAGAGAAGUGCAUAUUGCCGGGUUUCAGGACGUGAUAUGGAUCUUUUCGAAGUCUCUGCCUUUGGGAAUGUUCGACGAGGGCCAGAUUCAGGGGGCUGCAAAAUCCAGUGAAGAAAUGAACAUAUCUGAUGUGUGAUGUUAACCAACUUUCACCAGUUGCCUCGAAUCAGUGAAGACAAAGCUUGGUUGAGAUUGUGUCAAAUAUGUUUAGUUAUUUGUCUGUAAUUUGACACUUUGAGUGAAUUAUCCAAGAAAAAAGAAUCUGCUAUUUUGCAGCCUGAUA